AUGGUUGAUCUCCCGAGUGCGGCAGCGCGCAUCGCUGUCAAUUUCCCUGACAUGGCGUUGCUCCCUGUGACAGAGGCCGAUCGUGAGGCUCAGGUUGAAGCCAUGACGAAGAGGUUGAACUGGAUGUCGGUGAUGGAUACAACAGCUGUACGCCUGUUGGAUACCGUACGAAGCGGUCGUGCUUCUGGUACCACGGACAUGGUACAGCUUAACCAUAAGCAUCACAAAAGCGCCUAUAUUUUGCAUCGGAGCGGUUGCAAGUCCACUGAGCGCUGCGACAAGUGCACGGAGACAAAAUCUCGUUAUGAAGUAUGUAUUGUCUCUCCAUCCUUUCGCGGGCGUGCUCUCUGCCACGGGGCCUGCUCGAACUGCGUUGCACGAGGUCGUGGAAACGAUUGUUCGAUUCGUAGGGCGUUUGCCAAAGCGAGCGGCCAGAAUUUUGAUCCAGGGAAUAUUGGCGACAUUAUCAGCUUUGGCGGUUUUGUGCGCGCUUCCUUUAGCGAGGCCGAGAAGCUCAAGAAGUCGGAGGCUGUUGUAUUUUAUGAAAGUGAUGAUGAGAAGAUGACGGCGAAGAACGGUGGUGAGUCUGUGAAGGAGGAACCGGACGCUAUCGAGUCCGUUAUUUCUACUCCCAGUGGUAAGGCGACCGCCUCUAGUGCUUCUCCAUCUGAAGUCCUCGACGCUGUGAAUCGGGUCGGCGAUCGUCUGUUGCAUAAUACCGAUGCCGUCAAUCAACUGCUACAAAGGUCCGCCAAGCUGGCGGCCUCUAUUGGGUUCCUGUCAUCCAACUUGAAGGUUCCUGUGACUGCCUCGCCCAGGCCGACUGGCAGACAACCUGCCCUGGUCACUGAUACGAGCAGUAAUUUAGGGUCCUUCCCGGCGUCGGGUAGUCUCAAAUUUCGCCAUUCUAAGUUUCUGUCUGGCUUACCUCGUUCCCGCACUAUUGAUGACUUGGAUGAGGACAUAGUGGUUGCAGAGAAACCUGCUUCUAAGAAGCAGAAGAACACCGAACAUUCCCCAUGUUUACAUGCUUAUAUCUCCUUCAAGGCGGAGGGUCAGCAGUUCAUAUUAAAGUACAUACACCCCGUCAACUUUGAAGAUUUUGAAGAAGUCAAUAAUCGCCUACGUGGAAAUGCCAGCCAUGUCCGCCUUGCUGUGGACACGAUCCCUGACAAGUCUAUGUUUGUUUUCGAACACUUCACAGGUCAUCUCUUAGCUCUUGCCCAGAAGGACUUGCCCCUUGUGGUGAUCAAGAGAAUCCUCAAGAAUGCCCUUACUGGGCUUGCUGAGCUUCAUGAUCAGGAUAUCGUACACAUAGAUGUAAAAGCAAACAAUGUUAUCAAUUGGCGGAAUCGCAAUGAUGAGAUUAUUGUUGCACAAGUUCAACUUGGAGAUCUGGAAGAUGCAGUUCAUAUUCCCCCAGGAUGCGACAUGGUCGGGAAACAGGCAGGAAACUGGAUGUGGAGGAGCCCCGAAGCCCACGCAAGAGGGCCUGUUAACAAACCUUCAGAUGUUUUCUCAUUUGCUCUUGUUUGCAUCUGCGCCGUCUAUAAGCGUAUCAUUUUCGCAGUGCGAGAAGACGAGUUGGAAGAGGGUGUUGAUCCCCUAGCUGUCGUGAUCGAGCGCCAGAUCUCUUACUUCGCAGAUGAAGACGGGCUCAACGGGUUCUUGAAGCAUCUUGGUGACAACCCAUGGGUUCGCGUUUUUGAAGUGACUCGGGACGGAUUCAACCAGGAGACCCCGCGUGAGCCAUUCGCGUUCUGGAAUGGUGUUGAUGAUGACUUUAAAAGUCUCAUAUGUUCCAUGACACGUUUUGAUCCGGGGAGAAGGAUCACGGCGUGUCAGGCGUUGGAGCAUAAAUGGUUUGAGGGUGUUUGA